UAGUGCGGUUUUCUUGUACUGGUUCUGCUCUAGUUUGUAGUGCGGUUUUCUUGUACUGAUUCUGCUCUAGUUUGUAGUGCGGUUUUCUUGUACUGAUUCUGCUCUAGUUUGGAGUGCGGUUUUCUUGUACUGAUUCUGCUCUAGUUUGUAGUGCGGUUUUCUUGUCCUGAUUCUGCUCUAGUUUGUAGUGCGGUUUUCUUGUCCUGAUUCUGCUCUAGUUUGUAGUGCGGUUUUCUUGUACUGAUUCUGCUCUAGUUUGUAGUGCGGUUUUCUUGUACUGAUUCUGCUCUAGUUUGUAGUGCGGUUUUCUUGUACUGAUUCUGCUCUAGUUUGUAGUGCGGUUUUCUUGUACUGAUUCUGCUCUAGUUUGUAGUGCGGUUUUCUUGUCCUGAUUCUGCUCUAGUUUGUAGUGCGGUUUUCUUGUACUGAUUCUGCUCUAGUUUGUAGUGCGGUUUUCUUGUACUGAUUCUGCUCUAGUUUGUAGUGCGGUUUUCUUGUACUGAUUCUGCUCUAGUUCGUAGUGCGGUUUUCUUGUACUGAUUCUGCUCUAGUUCGUAGUGCGGUUUUCUUGUACUGAUUCUGCUCUACUUUGUAGUGCGGUUUUCUUGUACUGGUUCUGCUCUAGUUUGUAGUGCGGUUUUCUUGUACUGAUUCUGCUCUAGUUUGGAGUGCGGUUUUCUUGUACUGAUUCUGCUCUAGUUCGGAGUGCGGUUUUCUUGUACUGAUUCUGCUCUAGUUUGUAGUGCGGUUUUCUUGUACUGAUUCUGCUCUAGUUUGUAGUGCGGUUUUCUUGUACUGAUUCUGCUCUAGUUUGGAGUGCGGUUUUCUUGUACUGAUUCUGCUCUAGUUUGUAGUGCGGUUUUCUUGUACUGAUUCUGCUCUAGUUUGGAGUGCGGUUUUCUUGUACUGAUUCUGCUCUAGUUUGUAGUGCGGUUUUCUUGUACUGAUUCUGCUCUAGUUUGGAGUGCGGUUUUCUUGUACUGAUUCUGCUCUAGUUUGUAGUGCGGUUUUCUUGUACUGAUUCUGCUCUAGUUUGGAGUGCGGUUUUCUUGUACUGAUUCUGCUCUAGUUUGGAGUGCGGUUUUCUUGUACUGAUUCUGCUCUAGUUUGUAGUGCGGUUUUCUUGUACUGGUUUUUUGUCUGCUGUGCUUUGAAGAGUUUCUGAUUUUUGACUUCAAUCAAAGCAGGUUAUUAUUAUUAUAGUCCUGCCUGAAUUCCUUCCUUCCCUGGAAUGCAGGGAGGGGCCUGGAUUUCCUUCCAUGGACUCAAUGGACGGCCGCAAGGAAAAGGUCAGGAAAUAGCCACGAUUAUAAUAAGAUGCUUCUUCUUUCUUUUUCCUUCCAAAAAGCAGAACGAAAUCUAAGUGUCAAGCGAAGCGAAUGGGGAGCAGAUGCUUCUUCUCGUUCAAGAAAAGCGUGAAAAAGGGAGGAAAAGAGCAUGAAAGUCCCCAUUGAGAGGAGAAGAACCAGGAGGAGAAGGAAGAGCAGACAUGGAGGACCAGGCUCUUCUUCUUCCAGAAAACAAACAAACAAUAAGGAAGGGCCCGACGUGGACGCUGCUGCUGUGCGUGUCUGCGGCCGGGAUCGGAGGGACGUUCCAAUAUGGCUACAACGUGUCCGUCAUCAACGCCCCGACCGAGCACAUCCAGGGGUUCUUGAACGCGACGUGGUGGGAGCGCUACGGGGUCCCCCUCCAGCCGGACUUCCUGACGUUUCUGUGGUCGGUCGUGGCGUCCGUCUUCUCCCUUGGGGGGCUCUGCGGGGCGCAUCUCGGGGGGGCACUCGCUGUACGCAUCGGCCGGAAAGGGGCGCUGCUGGCCAACAACGGGAUAGCGCUGCUGGCGUCACUCUCAAUGGGCCUCAGUUUCCCCACCGGACUCUAUGAGCUCCUCAUCCUCGGACGCUUCCUCAUUGGCAUCAACACAGGGGUGGGCCUGUGUGUGCAGCCGAUGUACAUUGGGGAGUCUGCCCCGAAGCACUUGCGGGGGGCUCUGGCCAUGGGCUCCUCCAUCUUCCUCACCGGAGGGAUCCUCACCGGACAGGUCGUCGGCCUACGGGAGCUUCUGGGAGGCCCCGCCUACGCCCCGUUCCUGAUUUCUUCCUGUUGGAUUCCGGCUGUCAUUCAAUUAUUGACACUUCCGUGGUUUCCCGAGAGUCCACGCUUCCUCUUCCUGGACAGGAAACAGGAAGAAAAGUGCCUCAAAGCGCUGCGCUCCUUCCACGGUGGGCGUGGCCUUGUCGGCCACCUUGAAAUGGAGGACAUCCGCCGGGAGGGAUCCGCCACGUCCUCGUCGGCCAUCUUGAGGCCGUGGCAGCUCUUCUCUCGGGGGCGUGGCCUGCGCUGGCAGGUGCUCUUCAUCGUCCUCCUCACCUGCGGGCAGCAGCUCAGCGGCAUCAACGCCAUCUACUUCUACGUAGGCUCCGUCUUCGAACAGGCCGGCAUCCCGAAGGAGAAGAUUCCCUACGCGACCUUAGGGACCGGCGCCUGCGAGUGCCUCACUGCCUUGACCUGCGGCUUCCUGGUUGAGUCGAUGGGCCGCCGGGCGCUGAUCCUGGGCGGCUACACCUUGAUGACCGUCUGGUGCGGACUCAUGACCGUAUCCCUGACCUUCCAGGUGCCUUACCUGAGCAUGACGUGCCUGUUCGCCUUCAUCCUGAGCUUCGGCCUCGGCCCCGGUGGAGUGACCAACAUCCUGACGAUGGAGCUCUUCACGCAGGAGGCUCGCCCGGCCGCCUACAUGAUCGCGGGCUCCGUCAGCUGGAUCAGCUUCUUCACCAUCGGGAUGCUCUUCCCGUUCAUCGUGGGCGGCCUGGGCCCGUUCUGCUUCCUGGUCUUCCUGGGCGUGUGUGGGCUGGUGUCGCUCUUCCUCUUCCUCUUCCUGCCGGAGACCAAGGGGCGGAGCUUCCUGGAGAUCCAGGCCUUCUUCCGACAGCGCAGCUACGGCAAGCCAGAGGGCCGGGCGGAGCACAAGGACAGCGAGACCAGCCGCCUCCGCAAGGAGUUCUUCCCCUAACGAGGCAGGUAGAUGCCGCGGCUGAUGGGGUUGAGGAGCGUCCGGUAGGCCUUGUUCACCAAAGAAGAAUGUUCCUCCGAGAAGCCCCUUUCCACCUGUUAAUAAUAAUAAUAAUAAUAAAAAAUAUUAUUAAUUAAUUAUUUAA